AGCUGCAAUGCGUUAAGACUUAAAGAGCGCUUUUGCCACCAAAUUACAGAGCCAUGGCCACCUUCUCCACCACACUCCCCAAGACCCUGACUCUUACCCUAGUUUCAGGCUCCCUAUCGAAACCCAAUCCCAAGAAAGCAAGCUCCAUGCAAGGCCAAAAACCCACUUCCAGAAAGCCAAGAAAAGCAUCUUACGGCGCUUCUCGGAAGUCGAUUCUCAAGAAAUCCUUCAACCAAGAGCAGGUCAUGUUCACCGCUCCGCUACCCGAUGACCCCGCUGUCGCUAUCAUCGGCGGAGGAAUGGCGGGUCUCAGCUGUGCUCUGUAUUUGGAGAAAAGAGGGGUUCGGUCCACGGUGUUCGACACGGGGGUUCAUGGGCUGGGAGGAAGGAUGGGAACUAGAAUGAUUGAUCCUCAGUCAUUGAUCUUUGAUCAUGCGGCUCAGUUUUUCACUGUGGGUGAUCCUCGGUUUGCUCAGUUGGUUGAUGGAUGGUUGGAGAAAGGUUUGGUUCAACAGUGGCAGGGUAUGAUUGGAGAGCUUGAAGUAGGUGGUCAGUUUGUUCCUCUUCCUUCUCUCCCUCCAAGAUAUAUAGGUGUCAAUGGAAUGCGCCCUCUUGCAGAUUCAAUACUGUCUCAGACUACUAUGGUGAAUGUGGUAAGACCUUGCUGGAUAAGCAAACUUGAUCCAUUUAAUGGGAUGUGGCACUUGAGUGAGAAUGGAAAACCUCAUGGGCAGUAUGAUGCAAUUGUUAUUGCGCAUAAUGGAAAAUGUGCUAAUCGCUUACUUGCUUCAUCCGGUUUACCACUUGUUGCAAGGCAAAUGAAGAAGCUGGAACUGAGUUCUAUAUGGGCCCUUCUUGCAGCGUUUGAGGAUCCACUUCCUAUUCCUUUUGAAGGAGCUUUUGUAAAAGGGGUUGAUUCUAUCUCAUGGAUGGCCAACAACACAAAGAAACUAUUGCAUUCACUGAGCAGUGGCCCUCACUGUUGGACCUUCUUCAGCACAGCAGCUUUUGGAAAGCGGAACAAGGUUCCUCAGGAAAAUAUUCCUACUGUUACAGCAGAGAAGGUGAAAGAAGCCAUGCUUGCGGGUGUUGAGACUGCACUAGGACAUUCAGCAGGAUCACUUAAUAGACCCUUUUACACCCGAGUGCAGCUAUGGGGUGCAGCUCUUCCCACAAACACUCCAGGUAUCCCCUGCAUUUUUGACCCUCAUGGAAGGGCUGGCAUAUGUGGUGAUUGGUUAAUGGGUUCAAGUUUGGAAGCAGCAUCCUUAAGUGGCAUGGCUCUUGCUAACCAUAUUGCUGACUAUUUCCAAAGUGGUGGAGCCCGGCCAGAUGAGUUUGCUGUUGGUUUACACAAUGAAUUUCAUCCACUUGAAGGGCAUGAUAUUGGGCAAUUUCCAGGAUUAGGAUCUAAAGAACAGACGGAUGAAGCUCAGGCAUAUCAACUUAGCACUUGAAUCACAUCAGGGUGGAGAGGAUUUUGCAGUUGUAACUUGGAAGUGGAAGUGCUUCCUAGAUUUGACUGAAUUCAAUCUCCUUUACUUCUGUCAUUUCUAUCUGGUGUGUCUCAUGUUAAUUUUUGCAUUAGGUGGUAGAAAUUGUACAAGCAAACAGUAGUUGCAGAAGAAACGACUCAUACAAACGUCUCCCUCUCAGCAACACAGGAUCACAGAUAUAUUAUUGGUAGCAAUGGAGUAUUCAAACUAGGGAACGAAUUACUCUGUGUCAAGCAGUUGAGGAAACUCAUCUCUCAUUAAACAUUUUGGCUGAUGGGUCCCUGUACUGUAUGUAUUUGGCCUGUUGUUUCUUUUUGUGAUGGUCCCUAUUUUUGAGUGUCCCU